AUGGACGCCACAAACUUUGGAUGGACGAGCGUACGACCGGAGAGCGACGAAGAGCGAUUCGGUAUGCGGUCGCAAGAACGGCAAACCGCCUUCGACAAGAUCGAAGCCGAGCAUAGCACUAUCGAGAUCGAUCGCGUGCUUUGGGCGUUUUGCCAGUUCGCCGACCUAGACUUCGUGGAGAAAUUGGCAGCAUCUGAUGAUGCUUGGAAGCGAGGGACCAAUCUUUCGCACGCGGCGAUGGAUGCCGUAAGGCUCUGGCAACAAAAGCCAGAAGUAAAGAACGACGUCGCAUUCUCCAACGCCGUCGCAUCCGUCUCCCGCCCCCAUACCGCCUCCGGAAAGGCAUCGCGGACAAGAUCAGGACGAAGUGAGGGCGACCAAGAGGCCAGCCUUGGAAGAUCAGCGGUUGUCGCAGCUCGCUGUAAAGAUCGAGACGGCAACCUUUGUGCCGUAUCAAGGACAAAGGGUGCAGAGGCGGUUAGUAAGAUUCCUGUACGAAUUGCUGUAGGCCUGCUCGCUUUGCAGUGGCACCUUCAGCGUAUCCUCGCGAUGUCUGGCGCGGCUGGUUGGCGCGACGAAGCUUUCGAUGACGACGACGAAGAUGCGGAUGGUGUGUCCGCCUGA